CUAUUUUCUCCCAUCAUCAUCACAAAAGCAAAGCAAAGCGUGAGCAUGAGAAUGACUUCUCACAUUGCUAAAGUUCUCUUGCUGGGAGUUCUGCUUGCCUCUCCCUCCGUCACUGCUAGCUUCGACUUCUAUUAUCUAGUGCUUCUGUGGCCGGGAUCCUACUGCGGACAGUCAAAAUGCUGUCGACCCACAAAUGGGCUGCCUCAGAAGGACUUCUUGCUCCGUGGCUUAUGGACGUAUAACAGCGCGACGGGCGAGCCCGUCACGAGAUGCGAAAGGAUACCGUUUGACUACAACCAAAUCUCGAGCUUGAGCGGAGAGCUGGUAUCGUACUGGAGCAACAUCAGGUGCCCCAGCAACGACGGGAAAAGCAACUGGAAAAAUGCAUGGAAGACGUACGGGGUAUGCACGGGGCAAAGCCUACGGGAGUACUUCAAGACCGCGUUGGAUUUGAGGUCUGAAGUUGAUUUGCUAUCGCACUUGACCAGAAAAGGUAUUGUACAAGAUAAAUACAAGCAAUAUAGUGUCUUGGAGAUUGAGAAGGCCAUCGCUGAGGGGAUCGGAGCUACCCCUUUGAUCCAAUGCAGUAAAGGACGCUCUGGCGCAUUCCAACUCUACCAGGUUUACAUUUGCGUCGACGAGGCGGCAGAGAAGGUCAUCGAGUGCCCUGUGAAGCCUGAAUUCUACUGUCCCCCUACCGUUUUGUUUCCUCCCUUUGAUUACAGCAACUUCGUUGGCCCACGAGGUGAGAAGACUAAAAUGCCCUUGUCGAUCGAGUAAGUACGAUAAUCGGCCUGUAAGAAUAAGCCCACACUAGGAAAUGAGAUGAAAGUCAGUAAGUGGUCGAUGUUACCGUGGGCACCAGUUUGUCUCUCCAAGUUUAUCAUGUAAUGAUCUUUAUGAAUAAAAUGUCGACGAUGGUUGCAUGUGCUC